UCAUUAUUCGGAUCGAAUCUAUGGAAAAAGCGCGGGAAAAUUGAAAAUGCGAGCGAGGAGAACAUAUAUAUGGAAGAAUCACAAUUGGAAGAUACAAAUCAAAAAAUGGAAGAGCAAAGCGAGCUCAAAUUCCCAGCUUUCCCAUUCAAACCCUACUCGAUUCAGAUCGAUUUCAUGAACUCUCUCUAUCAAUCUCUCGACAGAGGAGGCAUAUCCAUGCUCGAAAGCCCCACUGGGACUGGGAAGACACUCAGUAUCAUAUGCAGCGCUCUGCAAUGGCUCAUCGAUCGAAAGCAGAAUCAAAAUCCUGAAUCUAAUGCCCAUUCCAAUCAGAAUCGAACAUCUGGUUCAGACGAUGAACCUGAUUGGAUGAGAAACUUCAUUGCGAACAAAGACAAUCAAGUAGAUCAAGAGAAGACGACAAAUAAAAAGAAGAAGAAACAAGGAAUUAUGUCUAUGAAACUAGAUAAGCGAAGAGAUGGGGAAAUUUUUGGAGAAGAUGAGGAUGUUUGUAAGGUAAAGGAGAAAAUUGAUGGAGAGGACGAGUUUUUAGUAGAAGAUUACGAGAGUGAAGAGGAAGGUGGUGUUGGAAGCGGGCAAUGUAAGAGGAAAGCUAGUGGAGUUUCGAUUAGUUCAUCGAGUGAGGAUGAAGGUGAGGAAGAUGAUGGUUUUGAUGACGAAGAUGAGGCACGGUUAAAGAUUUAUUUUUGCAGUCGGACGCAUUCCCAGCUUUCGCAGUUCGUAAAGGAGUUGCGAAAGACUGUGUUAGCUAGUCAGUUGAAGGUUGUGUGCUUGGGUUCUAGGAAGAAUUUAUGCAUCAAUGAAGAGGUUUUGAAGCUUGGGAACUCCACUCGGAUUAGUGAGCGGUGCUUGGAGCUUCAAAAGAAUAUCAAAGAUGAUGUUUCCAAAAUGAAGAAUUUAGGUGGUGGAGGAAGAAUACGCCGGACUAAGGUUUCUUCUGGAUGUCCAAUGCUUCGGAAAUACAAGCUACAAACACAGUUUAGGAGUGAGAUCUAUCAAGAGGGGGCAUUGGAUAUUGAAGACCUUGUUCUCCUUGGAAGCAGGAUUGGAACUUGUCCUUAUUAUGGUUCCCGAAGCGUGGUCCCUGCAGCUGAUCUUGUUGUUCUUCCCUAUCAGUCUCUUCUUUCAAAAUCAUCACGUGAAUCACUUGGUUUGAAUCUAAAGAAUAAUAUCGUUAUAAUAGAUGAGGCUCACAAUCUAGCUGACUCUCUUGUCAGCAUGUACAACUCAAAAAUUACUUGGUCACAGUUGGAGCGUGUACAUUCUCAACUAGGAAGGUAUUUCGAACGAUUCCACAAUUUAUUAGGACCUGGCAAUCGAAGAUAUAUUCAAACUCUUAUGGUUCUCACUCGGGCUUUUCUCCAAAUUUUACAUCCUGAGAAUAGUACGAGUUACACUGAUUCUUGCCCUGAUGCUGAUGGAUUUUCUGGAGCAAAAAGUGCCAAUGAUUGUUCCAUGGCCAUUAAUGAAUUCUUAUUUUCUCUCAAUAUUGACAACAUAAAUUUGGUUAAAUUGGUACGGUAUAUCAAGGAAAGCAAUAUCAUUCACAAGGUCAGUGGCUAUGGAGAUAAAGCGGCUAACUUGUGUAAUAGCUCAAAACUCACAGAUGGAGAUGAAAGCAAUGAGGGAAGCAGUUUAUCUGGUUUUCAAGCGUUAGUUGAUAUGUUGUUUUCUUUGACAAAUAACCAUGGUGAUGGUAAAAUAAUUAUUUCGACAAGACCAGCAUGCUCUGGGCAGGAGGGAGGAUACCUUAAAUAUGUGAUGCUCACAGGGGAAAAGAUCUUUUCUGAGAUUGUGGAUCAAGCACAUGCUAUCAUUUUGGCUGGGGGAACUCUACAACCUAUAGAGGAAACAAGGGAGCGACUCUUUCCGUGGUUAAAACCAGAUCAGUUGCAUUUCUUUUCAUGUAGUCAUAUAGUCCCUCCUGAGAGCAUUUUGCCAAUUGUUGUUUCUUGUGGGCCCUCUCGUCAAUCCUUUGAUUUUAGCUACAGCUCCAGAAGUUCGCCAAUCAUGAUAGAGGAGCUAGGUCUUCUACUUUGCAAUUUGGUGACUGUGGUUCCUGAAGGAAUUGUUGUGUUCUUCUCUUCGUUUGAUUAUGAAGGACAAGUCUAUGAUGCAUGGAAGGCUUCAGGCAUCCUUGCAAGGAUUACCAAGAAAAAGCAUGUAUUCAGAGAGCCGAGAAGAAACACAGAUGUGGAAGUUGUCCUAAAGGAAUACAAAAAUGCAAUUGAUGCAUUGUCUGGUGAGGAUCUAAAAGCAGAUCCAGCACCUCACAACGGUGCAGUUCUAUUAGCAGUGGUGGGUGGGAAGAUUUCGGAAGGUAUCAACUUCAGUGAUGGGAUGGGUCGAUGCAUAGUUAUGGUUGGACUUCCAUACCCUAGCCCAUCUGACAUUGAGUUGAUCGAGAGGGUGAAACAUAUUGAGGCUCUUGGCGACACAAAUCCAAGUAAUAAUACCCCUGAAUUUUAUGAAUGUUGUUACAAUGGAGAUGCUAAAGCUGGGUUUGGCAUCCUGAGAAGUUGCAAGCGCAGAGGAAAAGAGUAUUAUGAAAAUCUUUGCAUGAAAGCUGUAAAUCAAUCAAUUGGUAGAGCAAUUCGACAUAUAAAUGAUUACGCAGCAAUCUUGUUGGUUGAUGCAAGAUAUGCUGCUGAUUCCUCGAAAAGGAAUUUCUCCCACCCGAGCAACAAGCUUCCCCAGUGGAUUAAAGGUCGUCUUGUUUCUAAGACCAACAACUAUGGAGAAGUCCAUAGGCUUCUGCACCAGUUCUUCAAAUUCAACAAAAAGAGAGGGGUUCAGUAGAAAGUCUUACCAGAGAAGUUACUUAAGUUCAACAGAGAAUACAUUUUACUAACACACAAAUCAACGGACCUCACUGUUAUUUGUUGGCUACAUACUCGACAUUCUUUGAUGGAGGCUUGCAGUAGUUCUAAGAAGAUAGCAGAAGUGCAGAUGAAAUAUUGGACCUGUUUCGUGCAUCUUCUUGCAAGUUGAAAGUUGAUAAUUAGAAAGUUCAAGCUAAAUCCACAUAUUCUUCUACUUUUCAAUAAUCAUUUUAUUUUUAAAGCUUAUUUAAGCUAUUUGUACCUCAUAAAUUGUAAUUAGAAGCAACUAUGAUAUAUUCUUCAUGUUAAACAGUAUAGUUAUGAAGAAAAAACUGUUUUCUUCUAUAUUAACACAUUGCGAUUAAUGCAACAGAUCUAAAUUUGAACUA